AUGUGUCUGUCUUUAGUGAUCAUCAAUAAUCUUCAAAUAGCCAAAUUUCAAUUAAAAUCCAUUAUCACAAAUAACCCAAUUAAUUUUAUUUUACAAUCAGAAUUCUUUAUGGGCUGUGCAUAAGUCGUCAAUCAUUCAAAUGAAAUUUUUGAGCCAAUUAUCGAACGAAGAUCUUCAAAAAAGACAACUGCUAAAAAUACUACAAGUUGUCAUGACUCUCCAAUAAUAUUCCCAUUAAAUUUACCUGAUGGAUUUGGAAAAUAUAAGAAGAAUCCUAGAAAUACCAUGAGUAAAACAAAACUAAGGAAUACUAUGAGAAUAGAAAUAUAAUUAGACAGUAGUAAAAAUACUAUUUUGCAACGAAGAACAAUCUCACCUCUAGUCUGA